AUGUUCAUCUCCAACCUACCGACUUCGACCUUUGAGGGCAUGCCUUUAGCACUGGGCUUGGACAUGAUUCAAUGUGUCUUCUUUCUUCUCGAGGCCGUCCAAGCAGAGCACCUCAUUGGCAAUUUGCCUGCCAUUUCUCAAGAGACGCGGGAUGAAAUUUGGGACUUCUGCGAAAACUUGCGCGAGCUGAACACUCGUGCAUCCAAGCGUGAGGUGGUUGCAGGUUUGGCUGACGAGGCAGCUGACAUCUCGACAGAGCUCUGGCUUGAGACCCUGCUGCAGCUUACGAAGCACAUGAAAACUCCAGCCUCCAGAAUGGCAGAAUUGGGCUCUGCAGCGACGGGGGCCCUGUCCGCGGCCAUCAAGCUGUACAAGGGAGACUUGGCAGCUGGCCUGAGCCAGCUGAAGGGCACGUUCUCCAAGUCUUCCUUGCUGAAGGAGUCUUGGUUUGAGGACCUCUUGGUGCUGCGCCGUUUGGUGGCAGAUGCGGUCAAGGACGAGGCCACGUUUCGCCAGUUGAAGUGGAUCAUCCAAUCUGGCAGGCUUCAUUCCAGCGUUUCCUUCAUGGACCUGCAGGAGAAGCCGCGAUUUCUCAUGCACGUGAUUCUGGGCCUUCGGCGCCUGAUAGAGAGAGGCUGCUCGUCCUACGUUCGCCGGGAAUCCUUCCAACUUCUGAUCGACUAUGUCCUGAACGAGAACUUCUACUUGCAGUUCACGGCAGCCCAGGUCUUGGAGCGCCUCUGCGAGUCAGACAGCAGUGAGAUCAAGAUGACGGCCACAAUCUUGCUUGUGAUCGCCGAGCGCGUUGUGCUUAGCCAGGCAAGCCACUACUCCCUCAGGGACUACGCGGUACGUUUACGGGCACAUUGGGAUGGGCAGGAGGAGGCCACAAAUGGCCCUGCAGCGACGUUCUCGGGAUACCUCAGCGUGGUUACAUACUUCUUCGAGAAGUUGAACGAAGGCAAGGCAGCGAGAGGCAGCAGCCUCGUCUCCAUCGCCAGCGGACUCAGCUCGCAUCAUGCAGGUCGUGUUAUGGAGGCAAUGCAGCGGGUCCUCCUGCAAGGCCAAGCCCCAGCAGAUCUCUGCACCGAAGUCGACAAGGCGACGAAGCUCACCCCUGUGCAUCAAGCAAGCCAGAGUGGCAUUGCUGAGAACCUUCUCUGGAUGAUUCGGAUGGCAGGGAAGAAAGCGGAGCAGCUCGUCAAGCACAAGUUGCCGGACAGCGGCAGGCAGCCGAUUCACCUCGCCGGCAGCAUCGAGGUGCUCAACUUGCUGUUGAAAAACAAGGCCGACCUUGCUGCCAAAGACAAUUAUCGGAACACGGUCCUGCACACGCUGACGAACGCCGUGGUGCUCGAUUACAUCUUGCGAGAGAAGGCUGGUGCUUUCCUGGACAAUGCCGCGAGAGUCGACUUGAAGUUGUGCAACAGUGGUGGGUAUCCGCCGCUUUUCAUGCCACGAAACUACGAUGUUACAAAUUGCCUCCUGGAGCAUGCGGCAGAUCUGCACGAGCGAGUCGCAGGCGAAACCGCCUUGAUCAAUGCCGCCCAGAAUGACAAUGAAGAUGUCUGCCGUGCCCUAAUUGAAGCGCGGGCUGAGGUUGCCGCAACGGAUUCCAGUGGCAAGACUGCCUUGUCCUUUUGUGGCAUCCGGUCAUUCCCGGUGCUAGUUGAGACCAGCCUGGGCAAGACUCUCAACCAGACAGACAAGCACGGCAACACUGCGCUCUUCAAUAUGAAGCAUCCCGAGGUUACCCGCCAGCUCUGUGAGCUGCAGGCGGACGUCAACCACAUGAACAAGUCAAGCGCAUACCCUCUUACCAUUGCCCCGAACAUUGAGCACGUGCAAUACCUCAUUCAGCAUCGUGCAGAUCCAUCAGUGAGGAAUUUGGUUGGAGAUCCGAUCUUCUUGACGGCCGUUAUGCAAGGUAAAACCGACCUGAUCUUACAUCUGGCGCAACAAGAAGACAUGCGGAUGGAACUCUUCAUGCAGCGAAGUGAAUCGGAUGGGCUCAGCGUUGCUGAGAGUCUGUCUGGUUCUAGCAAUACUGCCUAUGUACUGAGCACCCUUGGCUAUGAUUCCACACACUACAGCUCUCCAAAUCCAGACACUGGCGGCCUUCCAAUGGCAAGAAAGGGCAUUGCGAGGGAAUUUCUGCGAAGGAGUGGCAUCGACAUCACUGACAGGACAGGUUUCCAAAAUGAGAAGCUGCGGCGCACUUUUCUUCACACAUGCGAAUUCAAUGACCUUGAUGAUGUUACCGAUCUUCUCAAGCAAAGAGCAGAUGCCGGGGCUGUGGACGCUUUGGGCCAGUCUGUCCUGUGCUGCGCGAUACGUGGUUGCGCGUCGGCAAAGGUCAUCGAUGUGCUUCUUCAAAGCAAGGCAUCUCCGAGCGCCGGCUGCUCCGCUGUCUUGGCCUGGGCUGAACAUGGGCAACCCGAAGAUGGUGUCCUCGAGCUGCUGCUCUCGGCUCGCGGCAGCGUCAACGAGCAGGACGGCUUCUUGCGCACCCCGCCGCUUUGCGGCGCCGUGUCUGUGUGGGACCGGAACGCGGCAGAAACUACGCUGGAUGUCUUGGUGAGGCUGCGUGCAGAUGCCGGCUUGUGUGAUGCUCUGGGUCAGACACCACUCACGCAUGCUGUUCGCAGAGCAGAAGUUGACCUCGUGCGCAAGGUGCUGCCGCUAAGCCCUCAGAGUGCCUUGCUCGAGGAUGUCUCGGGAAUGACCCCAGCUAUGCUGGCGGAACACUUGGGGUACGACGAGCUUCAAGGCGUUUGGCAGGAAGCUGGCCGCUUGAGAUUUCGAAAGAAACCUAGCCGCACGGGCACAGGCGCUUCACAGAAGAGCUCGAGCUCCUUCCUCCUGGCUCGUAUGGGUCUCUACGAGGAAUUCGUGCAAGCGGUGGCGCAGUUCACCAUGGAUCAGUGGAGAGCGCACUGCCCGCUGUCUGGGCAGACACUUCUGCAGUCAGCCAUCCAGGGCGGCAGCCUGGAGCUUGUGAAGUUCAUCCUGAAGAAAGUGCCGGACCUUGUGGAGAUGAAGAGCCUUUCUGGCGCAAAGAACGGAGCCACGCCACUUGUGUUUCUUGCCAGUGCGAGCCCAGUGCCGGCAGAUGCUUAUGCCAUGGCCCUGGAGCUUGUGAACGCCAGAGCAGACAUCAGGCAAGGAGACAGCAGCCUGAUGCGAAGAGCUCUGACCUUCCCUGCCGCGGAAUCUGGGAACCAUGGUGUUCUGAAACUGUUGCUCGAGCAUGGCUUGGAUGCAAAUGCCACUUCCGGUCAUGCGGUGCCCGCAAUUUGCGGGGCAAUCACCGGGGAGUGUGUCAACCUUCUGAUUCAACAUCGCGCUGAGUUAGAAAACGAGGAUCUGCUGAGACGUUUUGCAGCUCAGAAAGGCAGUGCCGCCUUAAGGGCCCUGCUCCCACGUGUAUCCUUGGCAGCCAUCAACAGUCCUGAGAGGACCCCUUUGUUCUCGGCAUUCUCCGAGGUGCAUGUUCAGCAAUUGCUGCAGCACAGAGCGGACGUGAACCUCCAAGACAGCGCUGGACGCACAGCUUUGCACCGCACAGCUGCGAUGCCCGAGGCCCGUGCAAUCAAGCUCGUGCAGGCCCUGUUGGACGCCAAAUGUGAUGCUCAACGUGAAGACAGGCAGGGCCGAACAGCCCUUUCAUCCGCCAGUGCUCCGGUCGCCAAACUGCUGGUUGCUUCUCGGGCCGACAUUUCCCAGAAAGACCACCACGGCGUACCCUGUGCUUUGGCUUGCGCGCGGGACCUUGAGAAUCUUCAGACAGCUUUUGCACAGGGUGUGAGCCUGGACAUCAAGGACCCCCACAACGGCCUCGAUCUUGCAUUGGUGGCAGCAGGGGCGAAGAACCCAGAACCUCUGAAGCUGCUUCUGCAAAAGCGGGCGGACAUCUUCGCCAGCAAAAACGACCAGGGCCGCACUUUCCUUCACCGGGCAAUGGAAGGUCAUCUUUCGAUUGUCGACUUCGUUCUGAAGGAGUUGUUGAGGCAAGGCCGGGCGGAUGCGCGUGAGCUUCUCACGGCAGUGGACGACAAGGGCGCCUCCUUAGCCCACGUGGCGGUCGAAAGGUGCUUCAGUCGGCAUGCAGAGCGAUCCUGCCUUGACCGCGAGACUCGCCAGCUUUUGGCGCCAGACAUGGGCUCGACCUGGAAGCUCACUUUGCUCCUUCACGCCUGUCGACAACUUGAUGCUACUCUUGGAGAAGAGCUCGUGAACAUGCGCAACCGAGAACAGCGAGCGCCCAUUGAUGGCCAGUCUCGGAUCAGCACAAUUGAGACACUUCUAGAUGCCAGGGCAGACCCUACCAUGGCAUGGUACAUCUCGGGAAUGCAGAGAAUCUGGAAGUGGUUGAUCUGCUGUUGA